GCGUAUACAAUGCACAAUACUGAAGCAAAUGAUAAAGAUGAUCAUUAUCUAGGGGCACUCUGGACGAUAACAGUCAAUCACUUUGGUUACACAUGCAUUUGCCUUCUUCAAGUUUCUAUAUAUUUCCAAAACAAAAUUGUUACGAACCUUGUAUUCAGGCUAAGAGAAUCUAUGCUUAUAAUUUAUAGAAUUGGCCAAUAUUGACCGACCCUUUG